UGGCGACUGCGGGAGCAGAGGCUAAAAUCCCCAGACGCCGGGUCUUCUGGGCUGGGCUUUCCCCGCCUUCCUGUUCAGUCUUACUCGCUCUUCUCCUGCCUUCUGGAUUUUUACCCAGGGCUCAGGAAACUGCUUCACCUGCAGCAAUAAAGCUCACGUCCAUUGCAGGAAGUGCGCACCGCCUGGUAUGGCAGACUUUUCUCCCCAGCAAAACUGAAGGACACUUCUCCUAUCUCUGAAGGUGAGCACCACAGAUGCUUUGCACAUGAGCCCUAAAGGGAGCCUCUGAUACAUUGCCUGGAGCAAGAAAACAGGGGCCAACAUGCAGGAAAACAUGACAUCUGCCCUUGCUUUCAUCCUACUUUUUCUCAACAUCAGCCUUCUGAAUGGACAAUCACCACCUGGAAAACCUGAGAUCCACAAAUGCCGGUCUCCAGACAAGGAAACAUUCACCUGCUGGUGGAAUCCCGGCACAGAUGGAGGACUUCCUACCAAUUACUCACUGACUUACAGCAAAGAAGGAGAGAAAACUACCCAUGAAUGUCCAGACUACAAAACCAGUGGCCCCAACUCCUGUUUCUUUAGCAAGCAGUAUACUUCCAUAUGGAAAAUAUACGUCAUCACAGUAAAUGCUACCAACGAAAUGGGAAGCAGUGCAUCGGAUCCACUUUAUGUGGAUGUGACUUACAUAGUUGAGCCAGAGCCUCCUCGGAACCUGACUUUAGAAGUGAGACAGCUGAAAGAUAAGAAGACGUAUCUGUGGAUAAAAUGGUCCCCACCCAACAUAACUGAUGUGAAAACUGGUUGGUUUACAAUGGAAUAUGAAAUUCGGUUGAAGUCUGAAGGGGCAGAUGAGUGGGAGAACCAUUUUACAGGGCAGCAAACGCAUUUUAAGGUUUUUGACUUAUAUCCAGGACAAAAAUACUUUGUCCAGACUCGCUGCAAGCCAGACCAUGGAUACUGGAGUAGGUGGGGCCAAGAGAAUUCCAUUGAAAUACCCAGUGACUUCACCCUAAAAGAUACAACCGUGUGGAUCAUUGUGGCCAUUCUCUCUGCUGUCGUCUGUUUGAUUACGGUCUGGGCAGUAGCUUUGAAAGGCUAUAGCAUGAUGACCUGCAUCUUUCCACCAGUUCCUGGGCCAAAAAUAAAAGGAUUUGAUACUCAUCUGCUGGAGAAGGGCAAGUCUGAAGAACUCCUGAGUGCCUUGGGAUGCCAAGACUUCCCCCCCACUUCUGACUCUGAGGACUUGCUGGUGGAGUUCUUAGAGGUGGAUGACAAUGAGGACGAACAGCUAAUGCCCUCCCGUUCCAAAGAGUACCCAGGCCAAGGUGGGAAACCCACGCACCUAGACCCCGACAGUGACUCGGGUCACGGAAGCUAUGACAGCCAUUCUCUUCUGUCUGAAAAGUGUGAGGAACCCCAGGCCUACCCACCUACUUUUCACAUUCCUGAGAUCAUUGAGAAGCCAGAGAAUCCUGAAGCAAAUAUCCCUCCAGCCCAGGACCCCCAGAGCAGCGUCCCCUAUUUUCACGCAGAUGUAUCCAAAUCUUCAACAUGGCCUCUGCUGCCAGGCCAACACAUGGCCAGGUCUCCUUAUCACAGCACUGCUGAUGUGUGCAAGCUCGCUGGAGGUCCGGUAGACACGCUCGCCUCUUUCCUGGACCAAGCAGGAAAACAUUUUCUAAAAAUCUCUAAAACCCUUGAGACUGAAGAGGAAGAAGAGGUGGCGGAGCACGAUGAGACGAAAAGCUUCCGUUCUAAAACUAAACAAAACGCAUCAUGGCCCCUGCUCCAGGAGAAAGGCUCCAUUGUCUAUGCUAAACCCCCAGAUUAUGUGGAGAUUCACAAAGUCAACAAAGAUGGAGUACUAUCAUUGUUCCCCAAACAGAAAGGAAACAACCAGAUGGAGAAGCCUGGGGUUCCUGAAACCAGCAAGGAGUACGCCAAGGUGUCUGGGGUUGUGGAUGACAACAUCCUGGUGUUAGUGCCAGAUUCACGAGCUCAGAACACAGCUUUGUGUGGGGAUACAGCCAAGAAGGCUCCACCAAUGCUCGAACAGAAUCAGUCUGAGAAAGAUCUGGCCAGCUUGGCUGCAACCUCAAGCAACUGCAGACUCCAACUGGGCAGGUUGGAUUACCUGGAUCCUACAUGCUUCAUGCACUCCUUUCACUGAUAGCUAGACUCGUGGAACGAUUGGCUAAAAUGUGAUUUCUCUUCAGGUAACACUACAGAGUCGUGGAACAGUGUGGUCUGCUAGCAAAUGUUUCAGGAUGUGGGUAAAAUAACACACUACUUCACUCCUUUACAUGCUCCUAUUUCAGCACCUUCCUCCCCUCAGCAGCUGGUUUCCAGAACAAUCGAUGGUGUAUGCUGUGAUUCGCAAACUUGCUCUUUGCUAUUAGUAAUAUAUAUGUACAUAUAUAUGCAUACAUAUGUAUAUAUAUAAUGUGUUCAAUGAAAUAAAAGCACAUUGUUGGCCAUUCUUGAGGGAUGGUGCCAACAGGUAUAGCCUCUGCAAUAGAUUUGGCUUGUGGUAGAGGUAUAAACAGUCAAAAUAACUUAAUGUAAGAUGAUGUUGAAAAGGCCGUAAAAGAGCUUUUCAAAACGGAUGGCCAAGCCUUUACACUCCUCCUUCAUUUGAUUCGAAUGGUCCAAGUAUAACCCUUUUCUGAAAGGACACAUUCCAGGGCACCAGCCAAAUUGUUUACAACAGUCCCUAUGCCUGCCUGUAUGCAAAUGAAAUCAGGCCCCCCUUUUUUUUUUCUUAAAGUAAUUUGAGUGUGUCAAGAAUGGUUUAUCCUGCCUAAAUGUUAUUUCUUUUUAAGGCCUCUAGAGUGUAUAGUUUGGGGGAAUAGAAUUUUCUUACAAAAUAAGGCCAAUGAAUUUCACGUGAUGAACCAUUUUCAAAUGUUUUCCUUGCUUCAUUUCAGCAGGACAGAUGAUUUGUUAUACACCCUAGUAUUUUCUUAGUAGAAAACAGACUCCCAAAGACUAAUUUUAAUCUAACCGGUAAUUAUUGCAGGGUGGUACUAGAAGUGUUGCCUUACUGUAUAUACAAUUUUGCUUUAAUACAAACCCGUAAGUUUAGCACUGUAUUUUUGAAGACUAUUUUUCUAUUGCUUAGGUAAAGUAAAGACUAUUUUCUAACUUCCCAAUACUGCUGUUUACGUCUUCAAGUGGGGGGCAGUCAUUUCUGCUGCAAGGUUAUAAUGAGUAUUUAAAGUAUAUAUAGUAUAUGCAGACCAUGUCAGAGAGAAAUGUCAGGCCAACCCCUUGCCCACUUAAGAAUGUGAAGUGAAUGAAUAAUUUAAAUAGGUACAAAAUAGUACCAUUUAUCUGAUUUUUUUUUUUUUUAUC